UCCGCUUCACGUCUCCCGGAAGGAGAAGUCCACAGAAGCCUCAAAUGCCGGCUGGGGAACAAAGGCCUGGCUUGCAGAUUGACACGCUGGGCCGGCAGUUGUAGGGUUUGGGCUUUUAAACGCCUUUUUUGUUUUUUAAGCUCCCCCGAAAAGCAUUUCCAGAAGUUGGAGGUGGCCAACAGGGUGCGGAUGAAUUUAGAGGAAAGAUCUAGAAUCAUCACUCAGACUGGGCAGAAGGGAUAGGGAUUUUCUCUAAAGCAUACUCUCCAAGUAUGUACCUAUUUAGCGUUCGGUUUCACAGGGUCUGUUUUCUAGAAAUGUGGAUUGGUUUUCUCAAAGGGGUGCUUACGAAUCAGGAAUCUCUACCACUCUGGGGCCGCUUUUUAGCUGGCUACCUGGCGAUCUGCUCCCAUUAAGAUUACAGCGUAGAAAACCCUAUGGGGCAGUUAUACUGUGUCACACGGGGUUGCUAUGAGUCGGAAUCGACUCCACGCACCCAGCAACAACAAGAAGCCGGGAAUGGCGGCUGUGCUCUCAGCAAGGGCGCGGGGCCUGCUGGUCCCCAGUCUUAUUCUUUCCUUAGGCUGUGGUAGCAUUUAAAAUGGCCACUCCUGCUCUAACAGCUGCUCCCAUUCUGGACACUUUACCCAGGCCCCCUGGGGGUUUCUGUUGCUCCUGGUGUCUUUGGAGGACAGCGGGGCAUACCGUGAGUGAGAUUUCCCGGGUGGGAUAAGACGGCAUGGCAGAAAGUGUUGGUCUGUCUGCUAGAGCCAUCUGGGAGUCAAAUGGACCCUGGGGACGGGCGCAGAUAUCGUUUGGGCUUAAAAGUAGUCAAUUGGCGCGCCUUGGAGUCCCACUCCUGUUGUUGUGGCGUCUCGCGCUGGUCACUGCUGCCAUCUGGCGUCUGGAUUGAAGAGCAAAUGCGGAUGGAAGACGGCCACACUCUCUUCGACUAUGAUGUCCGCCUGAACGACACCAUCCAGCUGCUGGUCCGCCAGAGCCUCGUGCUGCCCCCCAGCAGCAAGGAGCGUGACUCCGAGCUGUCCGACACCGACUCAGGCUGCUGCUUGGGCCAGAGCGAGUCAGACAAGUCGUCCAACCACGGUGAGGCAGCCUCAGAGACCGACGGGAAGGCCGGCUUAGCAGGCGAGGACGUGUGGGACGAGACGGAGCUCGGCCUCUACAAGGUCAAUGAAUACAUCGACGCUCGUGACACAAACAUGGGUGCGUGGUUCGAGGCACAGGUGGUCAGAGUGACCAGGAAGGGGCCCUCACCAGAGGAGCCCUGCAGCUCCACCUCCAGCCCGGCCCCGGAGGAUGAUGUCAUCUACCAUGUGAAAUACGACGACUACCCAGAGAAUGGCGUGGUCCAGAUGAGCUCCCGCGACGUCCGCGCACGAGCCCGCACCAUCCUCCCGUGGCAGGAGCUGGAGGUGGGCCAGGUGGUCAUGCUCAACUACAACCCCGACAACCCCAAGGAGCGCGGCUUCUGGUACGACGCUGAGAUCCUGCGGAAGCGCGAGACCAGGACUGUGCGGGAGCUGUAUGCCAACGUCAUGCUCGGGGAUGAUUCCAUCAACGACUGCCGCAUCAUCUUCGUGGACGAAGUCUUUAAGAUCGAGCGCCCAGGAGAAGGGAGCCCUGUGGUGGAAAACCCCAUACGACGGAAGAGCGGGCCCUCCUGCAAACACUGCAAGGAUGAUGAGAGCAAGACCUGCCGUGUGUGCGCCUGCCACCUGUGCGGGGGCAAGCAGGACCCCGGCAAACAGAUCAUGUGUGAUGAGUGUGACAUGGCCUUCCACAUCUACUGCCUGUGCCCGCCGCUCAGCAGCAUCCCCGACGAGGACGAGUGGUAUUGCCCCGAGUGUCGGAAUGAUGCCAGCGAGGUGGUGUUGGCAGGAGAGAAGCUGAAAGAGAGCAAGAAGAAAGCAAAGAUGGCGUCAGCCACCUCGUCCUCGCAGCGGGAUUGGGGCAAGGGCAUGGCAUGUGUGGGCCGCACGAAGGUGUGCACCAUUGUCCCGUCCAACCACUACGGACCCAUCCCAGGCAUCCCCGUGGGCACCAUGUGGCGGUUCCGAGUCCAGGUCAGCGAGUCGGGUGUCCAUCGGCCCCACGUGGCGGGCAUCCACGGCCGCAGCAAUGACGGGGCCUACUCCUUGGUCCUGGCAGGGGGUUACGAGGACGACGUGGACAAUGGGAACUCUUUCACGUACACAGGGAGCGGCGGUCGAGAUCUUUCUGGCAAUAAGCGGACUGCAGAACAGUCUUGUGAUCAGAAACUCACCAACACCAACAGGGCACUGGCUCUGAACUGCAGUGCGCCCAUCAACGACCGGGACGGGGCCGAGGCCAAGGACUGGAGGGCGGGGAAGCCAGUCCGGGUGGUGCGCAACGUCAAGGGCGGCAAGCAUAGCAAGUACGCGCCCGCCGAGGGCAACCGCUACGAUGGCAUCUACAAGGUUGUGCGGUACUGGCCCGAGAAGGGCAAGUCCGGCUUCCUCGUGUGGCGCUAUCUGCUCCGGAGGGAUGACGAGGAACCAGGGCCCUGGACAAAGGAAGGGAAAGACCGCAUCAAGAGGCUGGGGCUGACCAUGCAGUAUCCGGAAGGCUAUCUGGAAGCCCUGGCCAACAGGGAGAAGGAGAAGGAGAAUAGCAAGAAGGAGGAGGAGGAGGAGGAGGAGGAGGAGGAAGACGAGGGCUUGAGGUCCCCCAAGAAGGGCAAGGGCAAGGGCAAACGGAAGCGGAAGUCGGCAGGAGGCAGCGAGGCCAGCUCCAGGCCCCUGCGCGGGGUCCCCAAGAAGACCAAGGUGGAGCCCUACAGCCUCACGGCUCAGCAGAACAGCUUCAUCAAGGAGGACAAAAGUAACGCCAAGCUGUGGGCCGAGAUCCUCAAGUCCCUCAAGGACGGGCCGAAGUUCCUGAGCACGGUGGAGGAGACGUUCCAGUGCAUCUGCUGCCAGGAGCUGGUGUUCCGCCCGGUCACCACCAUGUGCCAGCACAACGUGUGCAAGGAUUGCCUGGACAGGUCCUUCCGGGCACAGGUGUUCAGCUGCCCGGCCUGCCGCUGCGACCUGGGCCGGAACUACGCCAUGCAGAUCAACCAGCCGCUGCAGGCGGUGCUCAGCCAGCUCUUCCCGGGCUACGGCAGCGGCCGGUGAUGCCUCAGCACUUCCGCCCCGCGUCCCCGCGUCCCCGCGUCCCCGCGUCCCCGUCCAGGCCUGGCCCAGGGGCUUACUUUCUCGCCCUUAUUUUGGUUUUAGUGGGCUUAACUUAAACGUGUAGUUUUCUCCACUCCCCUGAAAAGGUUUGUCUUCCUCGUCCCUUUUUUAAUCUAUAAAUUUUCAGGAAUCUAUGUGUUACGGCUCAAAGAAGAAAGUUGGACUCGUCCGUAUUUUGUUUUUAAACAGAAAGCCUGCAAUUUUUCAGCCAAAAAACUUUUUUAAAACUUUUUUUUUUUUUAAAAGAUGGCAUUGCAUAUUAUUUCUCGCGAAGGGUGCCUACGUUCUCAACAGCAAGUUCUCAGAAGCUGCUGCCACCGAGUAAAGACGGUGGCUCGGCCACGCCGCCUGGAACAAUCUUUUCGAGGUUUGUGGGUUUGGCCCCAAAGGUCCAGCGCAUCUUCCCGACAGCGUCGUAGCGGACAAAACCCUGCACAGUGACUCCUGGUGGCGGGCCUGGGCAUGGCCGUGGUCCAGCUGCCCACCACGAAGUGGCUGUGGGUGUCGCUUUCAGGAUAAGAGGAGACACGGGAUUGAGCCCUGCGUAAACUCGCCUUCUAUAGAAGCCAUCCCCUACCGGUUUGCUUCUGUGGUAAGGAGUCCACACACAGUGCGCACAGUCGGGCACUACAGAAACUACCUCCGCGGGACCCCCGUUAGCAUCGGGGCCGGGCAUCUGGCCGCACCGCCUGAGCCGGAGCCACUCGGAAGCCGACAAACGCACAAAGCCAUGUCCAAGUGCCUUUGGGUCUUUUUUUUUUCCAAGAUGGGGGCUGUUUGUUAGCACUGAAAUGUUGAGAUUGCCAAUCACAAUCUAAAACUGUGGUUGACCAGUUGUUCCUGAGGCUGGGAGGGUGUGGGGACGGUUUGCGUUUUACUGUUUGACAUGGAAUUUUCAGCUUGGCAAUGGGGAAUUACAAGAGGGAUUUUUUUGUUUUUGUUUUGGAGGGGGGAUACUUUUCCUAAAUGAAAUUUUUUUGUAGUUACUGUACAUGUAUCAAGAAAGAUAUAACUUAGGGUUUUCAGCCGUUGUGUGUAAUUUUUUAAUUUUUGAAAUAGUUUGUUCAUUUUUCUAACUUUACCAAAGUUUGCAGCUUAUACCUCAUGUAACAGGGAUAUUUUAAUAUCAGAUAACUGCAGACAAACUGGAGUGCGAUAUUGUUUUAAGAGGUUUUUUCUUUUAAAUUUUUCUUAUGAUUAGGUUGUUAAUGUAUCGGGGGGGGGGGGGAAACAAAACAGCAAUCGUGGGUAGGCUUUUUCUGAAAUGUUGAACAUUCUUUGUCCGAAUUUUAGAUCCUCAGAAUAAAUAAAUGUCUUUUACAGAUGCA